AAAAAACAUACAAAUUUAUUAAUAAUUUAAUCUACGAUAUUGAUACACAGAUACAAUAAUCUUCUUGGUUUUUUUUUUAGUAUGUACACUAAUGUAUUACGGUCGUGAGUGCCAACGUUACGGCUAUACGUAACAGAUACGUCAUUACAUGUGUCAGACAUCAGGAGGAAAGUUGUCAAAGUGAUUUUUGUGAUUAAUUUUCUGAUUCAUAAUUUACUGUAAUUAUAAAAAUGAAAACCCGAUUUAAUACCUAUGAUAUUUUAUGUUCGAUAACUGAGCUGCAAAGGCUCGUCGGUAUGCGUGUUAAUCAAGUAUAUGAUAUUGACCACCGCACGUAUUUGGUACGUCUGCAGCGAAGUGAGGAAAAAUGUGUUUUACUCCUAGAAUCAGGUAAUAGAUUUCACACAACAGCUUUUGAAUGGCCUAAAAAUGUAGCACCAUCUGGCUUUAGUAUGAAGAUGCGUAAGCAUCUGAAAAAUAAACGCCUUGAAAGCCUGAAACAAGUUGGUGUGGAUCGCAUAAUAGAUUUACAAUUUGGCAGUGGAGAAGCAGCAUAUCACAUAAUUUUGGAGCUUUAUGAUCGUGGUAACAUUGUACUUACUGAUUAUGAAAUGACAAUCCUUAAUGUGCUAAGACCUCACACUGAAGGGGAUAAAAUUAGGUUUGCUGUUAGAGAAAAGUAUCCAUUUGGCCGUGCUCAUACAAGAAAUAUGCCACCAGUUGAAGAAAUCUAUGAAAUUAUAAAUAAAGCAAAACCAGGCGAGAGUCUCAAGAAAAUUUUAAAUCCGCAUCUAGAAUUUGGUUCAGCUGUUAUUGAUCAUGUCUUACUAAAAUCUGGCUUUCCCCUGGGAUGUAAGAUUAAUAAAGAUUUCAACGUUUCUGAAGAUAUGCCUAAGCUGAUCUCUGCUCUUGAAAAUGCAAACCAAAUAUUCAAUAAUGCUAAGCAGAACUUAAGUAAGGGAUACAUUAUUCAAAGAAGGGAAGCGAAGCCAUUGCAGAAUGAAAAGGAGGAAUGUAUAUUUGCCAACAUUGAGUUUCAUCCUAUGUUAUUCGAACAACACAAGGAUCAACCUUAUAAAGAAUUUGAGACAUUUGACCUUGCAGUGGAUGAAUAUUUCUCAACAAUGGAAGGUCAAAAGCUUGACUUAAAAGCUCUACAGCAAGAAAGGGACGCUUUAAAAAAGUUAGAAAAUGUUAGAAAAGAUCACGAUCAGAGAUUGAUAUCUUUGGAAAAGACUCAGGAAGUAGAUAAGCAGAAAGCAGAAUUAAUAACAAGGAAUCAAAGAUUGGUAGACAAUGCAAUAUUAGCUAUGCAAAGUGCAUUGGCCAAUCAAAUGUCUUGGCCUGAUAUUCAAGUACUUUUAAAAGAAGCUCAAAGCAGAGGAGAUCCUGUAGCUGGCGCGAUAAAACAAUUAAAAUUAGAGACUAAUAACAUAUCUCUAUUUUUAAGCAAUCCUUAUGAAGAUAGCGAUGAAGAAGAACCAGAACUGAAGCCCAUGAUGAUUGAUAUUGAUUUGGCUCAUUCUGCUUUUGCAAAUGCACAAAGAUAUUACAAUCAGAAAAGAUCAGCAUCAAAGAAACAACAAAAGACCAUCGAAUCCCAGGGGAAAGCAUUGAAAUCUGCAGAAAAGAAAACGAAGCAGACGUUGAAAGAAGUUAAGGCGAUUCAUAGUAUUAAUAAAUUACGAAAAGUUUACUGGUUUGAAAAGUUUUAUUGGUUUAUCUCGUCUGAAAAUUAUCUGGUAAUCGGUGGUAGAGAUCAACAGCAAAACGAAUUAAUUGUAAAACGAUAUCUUAGAUCAGGUGAUCUAUACGUCCAUGCAGAUCUUACCGGAGCUAGUUCAGUAGUUAUAAAAAAUCCUACUGGUGAUGUUGUUCCACCAAAAACUUUAGCCGAAGCUGGUACUAUGGCCGUCGCAUACAGCGUUGCGUGGGAAGCAAAAGUUGUUGCUGGUGCAUGGUGGGUAAAUAGUGAUCAAGUGUCAAAAAGUGCUCCAACUGGAGAAUAUUUGACUACAGGAUCGUUCAUGAUUCGUGGGAAAAAAAAUUAUUUACCUCCAUGCCAACUGGUUAUGGGUUUGGGUUUCAUGUUCCGCUUGGAGGAUGGUUCUGUAGAGCGUCAUAAAGAUGAAAGAAAAAUUAGAAUCCUAGAUGAAGAUAGUGAAAUUGGAGAAGCACCAGUGGACUCGGAUAAAGAAAUUGAAUUAGAAGGCGAAUCGGAUGAUAACGAUGAAGACGCCGAAGAUAAAAUCACAUUAUCUCAAAUCGAUGAGAACGAAGAUGGUGAAGUAAAGGAAGCGGAAGUAAAAUCAAAUCCUCAAAUUGAAAGUAGCGACAGUGAAACCAAUGAUAAACCACAAUUUCCAGAUACUCAGAUUAAGUUUGAUCUUUCUGGUCCAAGAAUAAAAGUACAAGUAGAUACUACUCAAUCUUUGAAAAAAAUUGAGAGUCAAGAGGAGGAAGAAAACGUCGUUUACUUAGGAGAUGAUAAACCUAUCAUCGUGAAGCCUAAUGACAAGAGUAAAAAAAAUACUAACCAAGAAAAAGAUUCGAUCCAGAAGCAAGAUGCCAGAAACGAAAAAGAAACCAAGCAAAAAGAUCCCAACUUACCAAAAAGAGGACAAAAGGCUCGACUAAAGAAGAUUAAAGAAAAAUACAAGGAUCAAGAUGAAGAGGAUAGGCGUCUAUUGAUGGAAGCUUUAAAGUCCGCAGGAACGGCAAAAGAAGAUAAGCGUAAAAAUAAAAACAAGGAUCCAUCUGGACCGAAACAGAAUAAAAAGAAAGGAAGUGGUCAAAUAAAACCAAAUCCAAUUCAACAAAAUAUUCGUGUUGACGAUAAUGCGGAAGAGGAAGAUGUUGGACCAGCACCGGAAAUUGACAUGUUGAAUCAACUAACCGGAAAACCAAUUGCAGAGGAUGAACUGUUAUUUGCCGUACCAGUAGUAGCACCGUAUAAUACGUUAUUAAAUUAUAAGUACAAAGUGAAAUUAACACCUGGCACGGGGAAAAGAGGUAAAGCCGCUAAAACUGCUUUGGCUGUAUUUCUCCGUGACAAAGCAACAACUUCUCGAGAAAAAGAUUUAUUAAAAGCAGUGAAAGAUGAAACAAUAGCAAGGAACAUACCCGGAAAAGUUAAAAUAAGUGCGCCACAGAUACAGAAAAUUAAGAAAUAGCGAAUAUUAAUUUCGUUAUGCUCUACUUUUCUUCCAAUGUACUGCGUAAUUCGGUGUAGACAGUAAGUUUCACCUUCGUUAUAUCGAAUGUAUCUGACUGUAAAUAUGCUUAUGUAAAAUUACAUUAUUUCAUCGUGAA